AUGUCAUAUUAUCAAGUUAUGCCUGUAUACCUCGACUUUAUGCUGGUGUUCGGGUCCAAAAGUGAUGCGAGAGACCUCCGCUUUAGCGGCUUUCGUGAUCAGAUUCAACUGAAACCCUCCGCCAGCGGGCACCACGGGAUACCAGAGUUAGGUCGUAGCGGUAGGAUCUUCCAGCUUUGCUACAACCUCAAAAGUGUGCAUCUCGAGAAGAGGGGCUCAGAGCAACCUGAACCCACUGACUGGUCAAUCCGGGACGCUGCUUUCUACCAUCAGUUCGAUGUUGAGUAUGGCACUACGCUUUGGAUCGUGACGAAAGGUGGCCUGGAUGUACUGGACCGUUACCAAGAACUGGUAGGACCGAGCGUGCGACCAGGACAGGGAACCUACGAUGACCUCGCGUCGUGUUUCAGGUCAACCCUCGCAACACAUUUGCUUUAUUGCCAUUGGUCAACAGAGGAUUGGAGGUGGUACAUCGUUUGGCUUGAAGAAAUCGUGGAUAAAGAGAGCGGCAUGGCCGUCGACGGUCCCCGCGGCUAUGGCUACGCACACCAAAAUUAUGAGCCCAGAGACCUACAACACUUACAGCACUGGCAAGACAAGACUAAUGAGGUCGUUAUGGUUCUUCAGGCAAAUGCCAAAGUCCUACGGUCAUUGCGGAAGUUCUACUCGGACCUCAUCGUGCGGAAAGACUUUCCGCUUGCUCUACGAAAUGCGUGUGAAGAUGAACUUAUCGCGUUCUUUUCGCAGCUCGAUAGCAUCAUCGACGAUUUUGAGAUGCAAAUCGCUCGAGCGAGAUUGCUGGUGAACAUCAUAAGUGACAGGAAAGAGCUUGUCUUGCAGCAUUUGCAGAGUCAAGCCUCUGAAAGAACUGAAAAGCUGAACAGAAACCUCGAACGUGAAGCUGUUGUCAUGCGGAUCAUCACUAUCGUAACCCUGAUAUACCUUCCAGCUACCUUUGUGUCGACUUUCUUCAGUACCGAUGUGGUCAAAUAUCAAGACCAGGAUCAGAACCAGGGCCAGUCAUCUGAUUUCCAGAAUCAGUCUUUUUCGUCUCUUGCUUUGAAGCGAUGGCUUCAGGUGACGAUACCAUUGACUGCGUUGACGCUUCUUGGCGCGUGGUCUACAUACAGACUGUACACUACCUCGGCUCAAGGCAUUACUCUCGCAGUCCGGCUUAAACGCAGUUUUAUCACUUCCUGCGAAGACCUUUCUGCACGUAAACUAUCUCAAGACGACUCAGAUGUUUCGGGAGCUACGAAUUCGAGACAGUUGAGGCGAGUUGGAAACGUCGUUUCGAUCGCUCUCUCCAGGCUCUCGCCACGUAACGCGAGAUGGCAACAGACACCCCGUUCUGUCCUGCCAUCGCACAACGUUAGGCGAGCUGGGACCGGCUGA